AUGAGGACGCUCCUGACCAUCCUGGUGGUGGGAUCCCUGGCCGCUCGCAUUGCUGAGGAUGCCUCUGAUCUUCUUCAACACGUGAAAUUCCAGUCCAACAACUUUGAAAACAUCCUGACGUGGGACGGCGGGACAGACAGCACCCCUGGCACCGUCUACAGCGUGGAAUAUAAGAAGUACGGGGAGAUCGCAUGGCUGGCAAAGGCAGGCUGCCAGAGGAUCCCACGGAAAUCCUGCAACCUGACCAUGGAGACGGGCAACCACACUGAGUUCUACUAUGCCAGGGUCACGGCCAUCAGCCCUGGAGGCCGGUCGGCCACCAAGAUGACCGACCGGUUCAGCUCUCUGCCACACACUACCAUCAAACCACCUGACGUGACCUGUAUCCCCAAAGUGAGAUCCAUUCAGAUGAUUAUCCAUCCCACCCCCACGCCCAUCCGUGCAGGAGAUGGCCACCAGCAAACCCUGGAGGAGAUGUUCCAAGACCUGUUCUACCGUGUGGAGCUCCACGUCAACCACACCUACAAAAUGCACCUGGAAGGGCAGCAGAGAGAAUACGAGUUCUCCGGCCUGACCCCGGACACGGAGUUCCUUGGGACCACCAUGAUUUUGAUUCCAACCUGGUCCAAGGAGAGCGCCCCCUAUGUGUGCCGCGUGAAGACGCUGCCGGACCGGACGUGGGCCUACUCCUUCUCGGGGGCCAUUCUCUUCUCCAUGGGCUUCUUGGUGGCCGUGCUCUGCUACCUGAGCUACAGAUACGUCACCAAGCUGCCGGUGCCUCCCAACUCCCUGAACGUCCAGCGCGUCCUGACCUUCCAGCCGCUGCGGUUCAUCCAGGAGCACGUGCUGGUCCCCGUCUUUGAGCUCAGCGGGCCCAGCGGCCUGUCCCAGCCCGUCCAGUACUCCCAGGUCGUGGUCUCGGGGCCCAGGGAGCCCCCAGGAGCCGCACAGCUGCACGGCCUCCCUGAGAUCUCUUACUUAGGGCAGCCAGACAUCUCCGUCCUCCAGCCCCCCAACGUGUCACCUCGCCAGACUGUCUCCCCACCGUCCUGCACCCCGAAGGCCACCCCUGAGGUCAGGCCCCCGGCCUACACACCUCAGGUGGCCUCUGAAGCUAAAGCCCCGUGCUACGCUCCGCAGGCCACCACCAAGGCCCAGCUGCUCCCCUACACCCCCCAGGCCUCCCUGGACAGCUUGGCUGCUUCCUACGGGGUGUGCGUGAACAGCUCUGGAAAAGACUCCCCCUCGGGGACACUCUCGGGUCCCAAGCACCUCAGGCCGAAAGGGCAGCUCCAGAAAGAGGAGCCAGCCGGGAGCUGCCUUCCAGGUGACUUGUCUCUGCAGGGGAUGGCCUCCAUGUCCCUGGAGGAGUUCUGUGUGGACGGAGCACCCGGCCUGAACGGGGAGCCGGGGACACCGCAGUACCUGGGGGGCCAGCUCUCCCUCCUCUCCUCCGUCCAGAUCGAAGGCCACCCCGGGUCCCUGUCUUUGCACACUCCUGCCCUCUCCUGCUCCCCCUCAGACCAGGAGCCAAGUCCCUGGGGCCUGCUGGAGUCCCUUGUGUGUCCCAAGGAUGAGGGUCUGGUGUCCAAGGCUGAGGCCAAGAGCCCAGCCCCAGGGGCCUCAGAGCUCGAGCCGUCCACGGAGCUGGGCUCGCUGUUCAAGGAGCUGGCCCUGACCGUGCAGUGGGAGUCCUGA